AUGACAUCAAGCAUCUUCCAUAUGAUCUUCCCAGCGGCUCAUCCGGCGGCUGGUGGAGGAGUGUGCACGCAUCGCCGCUGCUGGCAUGAAGUGGAAACGGAGAACACGACUACAACAUGCGGUCUGAUAGCCGCACAUCCGUAUGGUCGCCCGGUGGUUUUCUAUCCGUUCAGGACACGUACCAGUACGACAUGCGCAUGCAGUCGCCUUCAGAUCACACACUUAACAGGGCGCGAGACUAGUCCUCUGUCGUCUUCACCCGAGGGUAAGCCGCGGGAGGGCCGCAAGCUCUUCUGGAUCUCUUUCUCAAAUCCAGCCGGUCUAGGACCCUGGUUUGCCCCGCACCAACAGAACGCCUCCCGGGUUCCCAUGACCGGCAGUCUGAAAUCCAUCCAGCUGCUAUGCGCCCUCCAGCGCCUUGCAUCCGAGGGCCGCGUCCAGCCAGGGUGCUCGGCGGCGCAGGCCGCUUCAGUCCGUCGGCCGAGCACAUCCAUGACCGUCAGCCCAGCGCCUAUGAUCUAUCUGCAAUGGAUCGAUCCUAGACAAUCCGUUUUGGGGCUCCUGGAGGCCCAUAAAGCGCGGCCGGGGCAUCAUGCGCGCCCUUAA